AGCCGCGGGCUGUGCGCCGAGCCGCGGCGGGCGGGAGUCGGGCGGGGGCGCGAGGCGAGCGCAGCUGCAGCCUAGGCGGCGGAGCGCGCGGAGCGGGCGGAGCGAGCGCCCAGGACCGAGCGCGGGCGGAGCGGGGCUGGAGCAAGCGCGCAGCGGCGGCCGCCCCGGGGGAUGCGGCUGCUUCCCUGGGCUAGCGUGUAGGGAGGGCGGGUCCCCGGCCUCGGCGGCGCGGCAGUGGAGGGGACUGAGACUGCGGCCAUGGCGACCCCCGGCAACCUGGGGUCCUCCGUCCUGGCGAGCAAGACUAAGACGAAGAAGAAGCACUUUGUGGCUCAGAAAGUGAAGCUGUUCCGGGCAAGCGACCCGCUGCUCAGCGUGCUCAUGUGGGGGGUCAACCACUCGAUCAAUGAACUGAGCCAUGUUCAAAUCCCUGUCAUGUUGAUGCCGGAUGACUUCAAAGCCUACUCAAAGAUAAAGGUGGACAACCACCUUUUUAACAAGGAAAACAUGCCGAGCCAUUUCAAGUUUAAGGAAUACUGCCCGAUGGUCUUCCGGAAUCUUCGGGAGAGGUUUGGAAUCGACGACCAAGAUUUCCAGAAUUCCUUGACCAGAAGUGCACCCCUUCCCAAUGACUCCCAGGCUCGCAGCGGGGCUCGGUUUCACACGUCCUAUGAUAAAAGAUACGUCAUCAAGACCAUUACCAGCGAGGACGUGGCAGAGAUGCACAACAUCCUCAAGAAGUACCACCAGUAUAUAGUGGAAUGUCAUGGGGUCACCCUUCUUCCUCAGUUCUUGGGAAUGUACCGGCUUAAUGUCGACGGAGUGGAAAUAUACGUGAUUGUUACAAGGAAUGUGUUCAGCCACCGUCUGUCUGUAUAUAGGAAAUACGACUUAAAGGGCUCGACAGUGGCUAGAGAAGCUAGUGACAAAGAAAAGGCCAAAGAGCUGCCAACUUUAAAGGAUAAUGACUUCAUCAAUGAGGGCCAAAAGAUCUAUAUUGAUGACAACAACAAAAAGAUAUUCCUGGAGAAACUGAAAAAGGAUGUCGAGUUCCUUGCACAGCUAAAGCUCAUGGACUAUAGCCUCCUGGUGGGGAUUCACGAUGUGGAACGGGCAGAGCAGGAGGAAGUGGAGUGUGAGGAGAACGACGGGGAAGAGGAGGGAGAGAGUGACGGCACCCACCCGAUCGGGACUCCACCUGACAGUCCCGGAAAUACACUCAACAGCUCACCACCUUUGGCUCCUGGAGAGUUUGAUCCGAACAUUGAUGUUUAUGCAAUUAAAUGCCAUGAAAAUGCACCUAGAAAAGAGGUGUACUUCAUGGCGGUUAUUGACAUUCUUACUCAUUACGAUGCAAAAAAGAAAGCUGCCCACGCUGCGAAAACUGUUAAACAUGGCGCUGGAGCGGAGAUCUCAACCGUGAACCCAGAGCAGUAUUCAAAGCGCUUUUUGGACUUUAUUGGGCACAUCUUGACGUAACCUCCUGCAUCGCCCCGGAUGGGCAUGACCUCGGGAAGGCUGGUGGCAGCUUCAGUGUAGGAAGGAAAGGAAACCUGAACUCCUCGAAGCACUCACCUUGCAGGAAGCAAACCUUGUUUACAUCUUCAAGCCGAGAUGACUGAAGUUGGGGCCUACUCGCUUUAACAGCUACCUGGUAUUUCCCAGCAUCGCUCUUCCUGACUCUGUACGGGUGCGCACAUGCGUGUGCACGCGCGCACAUUUUAAAGUAAUUAAUUAUUAAUUAAUUAAAACAGAUCAGCUUGAAUCAGAGCUUGUAACAACGAGACCUGCCUGAGUCCAGCUGUGGCCACAUGAACAGAUGAAAGAGACAAGGCCGUGGGGGAGGGGAACGAAAGUGCACCUCACUGCAGCACCACAAGAGAAACUGUAGAUCAGUUUGUUUUCUGACUUGAAAGAUGUGAGAUUGUUCAUCACGAUGGUGAUGGUGGUGGUGGUGGUGGUGGUGGUGGUGGUGGUGGUGGUGGUGGUGGUGGUGGUGGUGAUGAUGAUGAUGAUGAUGGUGAUGAUGAUUAAAAGAAAGAUUAAAAAUUUAUAUCAAAUGUUUGGCCCACAGAAAGACUACUCCUGAAUAGUUGUUACCUAAGCCCACAGCCCUAGGUAAAGGAAUGCUAGCAUCUCCCUGUGCACUGGUUCAGGGUUCCCUCCUAACAGUGUCACUGUCCCCAACUGUCCCAGGCUGAGCCCUUCAUCUUCCAAGAGUCUGAUGCCAAGAACCUGUCUACAAUUUCACCUCCAGGAAAACCGCUUGCUUCGCUCUUCUCACCUGGAGCCUGUCAUGGUUAACACCCUCGUGUUGAGCUGCAGAAAUUCAUUCUGCAAAACAGAUGUAGAACUUCCCUGAAAGGUGCAUAGUUUGGGGCAAUCGCAGCUACACCUCCCGCUGCAGGAAGAUGAGCAAGGAGUUAAACCCCUCCUGUGGCCGAAGGCAAAUCCCAGUUAUAUGAAGUUUAUGAUUAACCCUUGUUUAGGAAUGAAAUUUUGUUAUGAAUUAUCCCUUUAACUGAAACCCUCAGUUUUACUGUUUACAUGGUUAGAGAAACAGGGAUAUUUUUGAAUCUAAAAAUUUAAUAUACAGCAUGUGAUUUUUGAAGUUUACAUGUAAAGCCAUUUUGCAGCGUAGGGGACAUAAUGUUUGUUGUGUUUUGAGGUUUGUCUUGCAGUUGUGUUUCUGAGUGAGUGUUUUGUUCAAAGUAGACAGUCUAUCACAUAAAAGCAAGAGGAUUUUGUUCCUCAAGAUGUGUAUUUAUCAACCUAAUGAUUUUUUUUCUAUAAAGAAAUUAAACCCAAAAUCUGGUUAUGUAAGUUCAUUGCCCUAAACUGUGCUGAUUGUGUAUAACUGAGACUUAAAAACAAAGCAAACAAACAAAACAAACCCAACCUUCCAGCAUCAACCGUGUAUCUACCAAAAUCCCUGCGUUCCUAAAAGGCCUCAAGUUACAGAAUCCUAGAGUUGCUUAGCUACAUUACCAACUUACAGGCUGUGCUGCAGCUGUGCCUUUUAAAAGCCCCUGUCUCAAAUGUGAGAUGGUUUCUGUAGGCUGUGUUAGAAAGGAAAAAAGAACCCACCCUUAAACAAUUACAAGUCAACAAGUCCCCUGCCAGGCUGCCUUCCCAGUCACUUUUCCUUUUGGCCUCUCCAGGUACAGCUGUGCCCUACAUGUGUGGGCUGCCUUCACAGCAUCUGGAAGCCAGCGUCAACACCAUCUGACUCCUGUGUACUGACCUGCCACAGACUCAUUAGCUUACCAUGUUAACUCCACUGUAACAUAGUUGUACAAAUCUGUAUUUGAUGCAUUUAAAAUAAUCAAUGCUGUAUGAUUCGAUUUCCGGGCACUGUUAAUUGUAGUGUCUGAUCCGUUUUGAGUGUUCUGAAGCUUUACUGUUAACCUUUGAUCCCCAGACUUACAAACCCAAGACCCUAAAGUAAAAAAGAAAAAAAAAUGAAGGUACGCAUACGUGAUCUGAGUAACCAUUUCCUCCGUGGCCAAUCUGUAUGCUUUUAGAAGUUUACAAAAAAUGCUUUGGUUUUUGUCUGUAACCAUCUCUGUCAUCCAAAUAAGCUGUUUGGACGAGAGCGACAGCAGUGCUAACAGCGUUCUCCAGUCGUUGAGCCAGGCUUUAUGAAUAAAGCACUUUGAUGACUC